AUGGUCCAAAUUACUUGUGAACGAAAGUCUCGUGCCGAUCUUAAUGCCAAACAGUUAAAAGAAAUAGAAUCACUAAAGUCUAAGAUUAAUUUACUAGAAAGCUCACUAUCUUUAGCACAAAAAGCUUCAUUUUUAAAGGAUUCUGAAAUUUCUUUUCUUGAGGCUAGAAUAAAUAAACUAAAGGCUGAGUUAGAACAAAUAGCGCAAAAAGCUUUAUUAAAAGAUACUGAUACUACCCAGUCUCUUCACGAGAUUAGAGUGAAGGAAUUGAAAAACGAACUAGAGCAAGUUAUGCGAAAUUCAACAUUUAAGGAUGGAUUAAUUUUCUGCCUCAGGUCUAGAGUAAGUGAUCUAGAAGAUGAACUAGAAGAGAUCUCUCUAAAAUUAAAUCUGCCAUCUAAUUAUUUAAGAAUAGGUGGCGAUGCUAUAGAAGAGAGGUAA